CCGGAGGUCGGAAAACACGGUCGCGUUUUCAGUGCUCUAACUGCCACCGUGAUCGUGAUGUGUGAUCGUGAUAGAAUGGUGUACAGUUAUCAACAGUUGGCCGCAAAGUGAAACUGUUUUCAAGAGCGCCAGAAGGAGGAGCUGCACACUGUAGUCGUUUAAACCGGUAGUCGGUCCUAACAAUCGCAUCACGGCACACGCAGCCGCCAUGCCAGCGUACGCUGGGUUCGACAGCUUCACGUCGUCCCGCGGACGUUCGGAAUCGAUCUACUACACGGCCAAGGAGUACGAUUCGGCCGACGGUGACGAGUCCGACUAUGGCCGCGGACGAGCGCCACCGCCACCCCCGCCACCGCCACACAUCUUCGAGGACACACCGCCGGACACCAUCUUCAACCGGCGAUACGUCGAUCCGUGGGAUAUGGAGAACUACGUCUACAUUCGCAAGCAUGUGCUCGACCCGGCGUCCGAGACGUCCGAGGUUUCACCGUCACCGGCCGGUGAGCCGAUCCAGUCCAAGUUCUACUACGUUCCCGGGGAGCUGAACGGUCUCGGCGAGUGUCUCGAGUGCGGUUCGAGCGCCGAAGAACCCGAGUUCGAGCCAGAGUUCGAGCCAGAGUUCUCCGAGUCCGAGGUGGAACUGGUCAACCAGCAGCAGCAGCAACGACAACUUCUACUGGAGGCCAGUGAUGGCCACAACUCCGCUCCGACUCCACGGAGUGUGCUGGUGGACGGGAUGGAACUGGAACGGGAACGAGCACUCGGAGAGGAACCGGAACCGAGCGAGCUGGAGGAAGGCGAAGAGGACGAAGAGGAGGCAUUCUACACCGAACGGUACGACACCGUAAUGGACGAGGACAGCAUCGGAGGAGACGAGCUCGUCUACAGCUCAUACACCGAUUUGGAAACUUCGUCCACGGAACAGCCGAGUUCGUGUGACAGCUCGAUGUCGGCGCUGCGCCUGCACACGCCCGGCUUUGGCAAGAGCAGUAGGCGGCCGAUCGUGCUGCCGAAGCCGCUGCCGCAGCUGGAGUUUCCGGGACCGCCGUCGUACGAGUACUACGAGCCCAGCUGCUGCUACAUGCCGUUGCCACCGCCGCCGCCGCCGCCUCCACCGCCACCGCGCCACCUGGCCAUGGGCAAUCAUUUCCACCAUCAUCCGCAUCAUCCGCACCAUCACCCGCUCGGGUCGCCACCGUCGAUCGCCGGGACGAUCCUGUCCGAUCACCACAACUACUACACGCUGAACGACUGCCUCGAGUGUGCCCGGCAGGAAGCGGAACACGUGCCGCUGUACGCGACCACCAGCAGCGGCAGCCCGACCCGGCGGCGGUCCCGCAGCGUGAGCGUCGUGAGCCAGAGUAUGAGUCUUGCGAGACGCCCGAGCCAGAUGCUGGAUCCGUCCACCGCCGUUGCGAUCGCAGCGACCAACGCUAAUGUAUGUUACACCCCGCAACAUUUCAGUCUCAGCAAGAAGGGUCUGCUGCAGAUCGACUACUCCUGCAACUGGAACAACCUCGAUCGAUACAUCGCCAAAUGAGAUCCCGUUUAUUUUCCGGCCGGCGACCCGGACACCCGGAGAGUUUAAGCCCUAAGUCUAAUUUAACACCUGCACACGUGUAGCUCAAGAACACGGCCAAUCUCACGAGAAAAAUGCAACCACGGCGCCCGAUCAGUUUUUGUUAGUGCGUCUAUAGAGUGUAAAGUGUUGUUCUG